UGUCCACAAUGAUGUAGGGCAAGUUUCACCUCCGUUAUACUUUCCACAAAUGUAGCCUUUUUCUUCUUGUUUACAACGCUUCUAUAUUUUAUUGUGUUUAUUUCAGUUAUUAUAUAAGACUUCAAUUUCCAGUGAAAGUCAUUUAGCUGUAUUUUUAUGAUGAUGUCUCUACCGCAGAACACGGAAGUGAAAGUGGAUUUAUUUUUCGAUUCAUUGACGUCCUUUUCUAAAAGCACUAAGCAGCAUUCUCGAUAGCAUCAUAUUUAUUUUCUUUUUUUGGAAAAUAUUCUUUAUCAUGACAUUUUCAAUAGUAUUAAACGCCGUUUAAGUGGCUUGUGAAGGUAAGGUUCCAUUGUGCAAGCGCAGUCCGUAUUUGAAGCUCAGUCUGAAUGUCAUCACAGGAGCUGAUGAAGUGUGAACUCUUCCUGGUAGUCUCUCUACAGAUGUUUCAUGCACAGGAUUCAAUCAUAGUGUCUCUUUCUCUGUUAUUUCUUGCGCAUGCAGGACUCCGUAUCAACCAUGGGGAACAGAGCCUCAAAAAAUGGCAACAUGGACGAACCGGUCAAAACAACUUUAUUUGAAAAAGAGCCCAGUGGCACAACAUACAGGAUCCCUGCGCUCAUCUACCUGCGGCACGUCCAGACUUUUCUCGCCUUCGCUGAAAAGAGGUCGUCGCCCUGUGACCAUGACGCCAAGAUCCUGGUAAUGAGGAGAGGAACAAUGAAAGAGGAUGGAUCUGUUGAGUGGUCAUCAAGACAGGAGCUGCAAUCAGCCACUUUACCAAACUACCGCACAAUGAAUCCUUGUCCUGUGUACGAGAAAAACAGUAAAACAGUCUUCUUGUUUUUUAUUUGCAUCUGGGAAAACAUUACAGAGAGGUGGCAAAUCUGCACAGGUAGGAACAAAACACGAUUGUGUUAUGUGACCAGCACUGACAAUGGCCAAACAUGGAGCGAUGUGACGGACUUAACAGAGAGUGUGAUUGGGGAGACUAUCCACAAAUGGGCCACUUUUGCAGUUGGUCCGGGCCAUGGGGUGCAGUUGGAGAAUGGGAGACUGAUCAUCCCAGCUUAUGCCUAUUACAUUCCAUACAGGUGCUUCUCUUAUCCCAUUCCUGGCACUGUCCACCCACAUGCCCUAUCCAUAUACAGCGAAGACUAUGGCCAGACAUGGCGACUGGGUAAGAUGCUGAGAGCACCCUCAUGUGAAUGUGAGAUGGCAGAAAUAAUUGACCAUGAAGGUAGAAGCCAUCUUUACUGCAAUGCCCGCUGCACGAACAAAAGAGGAGGCCGUCGAUGUGAGGCUCUGAGCGAGAACAGUGGUGUGUUUUUUGACAAACCACACUUUGCCCGUGAGCUGGUGGAGCCCCCUGCAGGUUGUCAGGGCAGUAUCAUUGGCUUUCCCGCUCCAGAAUUUGUCCCAAAUGAUGAUGCAGAAAGCAAAGCCUGUGGAACUUCUCUCCUGUCUCCAGAUACCCAAACAUGGCUCCUCUUCAUGCACCCCACCCAUGAGUCUGGCAGGAGAGAUAUGGGGGUGUAUUUAAACCGUUCCCCGCUGCACUCAUCUGGAUGGGACAAGCCUAAGAUCAUCCACAGUGGACCUAGUGGCUACUCAGACCUGGCCUACAAUGGGGAUAAAGAUACAUUUUCUGGUCUGAUGGAGUGUGGGAAAGAAUCGGAACUUGAACAAAUCACAUUUGUCACUUUUACUCUCAAUGAUGUCAUGCAAAUAGGCAGCAGGAAGGACAAAAAGAUGGACUGAGGUAGAAUGGAGAUUCUCAAUCUUUUCACAAGUUAGUGGCUCUAAGUUAAUUUAAUCUAAAUGUAAUCUAAAACAUAGCCUAGUUAGUCUUGACUGACUGAAGUGACAGAUCACAUAUGGAUUAAAUAUUAAUUACUAAAUAAAUCACAAUAAUAUGACCAAGUUUUAUAAUCCUUAAUGAACAGUUUUCUAAAAUGAAAAUCUAGGUCCCAACCAGAACAACUAUGAAGUGACUUAAAGUGUGCUGACAGUGGAAAUCCAGUGAAAUUGGUUAAUUCUCCUAGCUACUGUCAAAGAAUAAACCACUAAAUAUGCUGUGAAUGUGCUGUGAUGUCUAACAAUACAUCUGUCUGUAUGCAUGAGUUGUGUGAUGUUGUCUUUAAAAGAAAACAAACUUAGUAUCAAUAUGCAACUGUGCAGAUGUGUAAAAGAAAAAAAACUAUUUUUAACUGUUCGGAUGGGUCCUUUUUUUAGCAUGCAGUGGUAGACUAUUAUUAGACAUUUGAAAACUUUCAUGUCUUUCUACAUCCUUUGAAGCAGUGGAGGAAAUGUGACUACCUCUUUUUGUUUUGAGAUCAUAGCUGGCCUUGUGAAGGAGUCCGAGGAGUUUGCUCCUGACAUAACCUUUACAUUCAAUACUUGAUGCCUUUGACUCCACUCUCUUAUGUUCAUUUGUGCCACAGCCCGGGAAAUAGUUUUAUACAAUACACUAUAUUUUGCUACCUGUCAAAUUGGGAAUAGUUAAUGUUUUAUUUUCAGUUUCUGUAGGAUGGCAUACAUUCCUCAGACAUUCACAUGGUUUACUUAUUGCUAGACUUUGUCACUCAUCAAUUUUGUAAGUGCAAUAUUAUGGCCUAAUAAAGUGUGAUAGCAGUUCACUUAACGCAUGUGAAAAAAAAAAUUUAUAUAUUCCCUUUAGGACUUUGCACAUGUAAAACUGUACUGAGUGACUGACAAAUAAAAAUUACAUAUAGAUUUAUUAUGUGUUUGUUGUUCAAAGUAUCAGCAGCUGCAUGAAAUCUGUAUUUUAGUAGAAAAUAAAAUGAUGUGAUGAGCCCA